AUGGCGCGAGCACCCGGCGGCGCCGCCCGUCGGAGGGGCGGCAGGCGGGACGGCGGCGGCGAGGCGGUGCGGAAGGGGCCGUGGAUGGCGGAGGAGGACGCGGUGCUGCUGGAGCACGUCCGCACGCACGGCCCGCGCGACUGGAGCUCCAUUCGAUCCAAAGGCGCCCUGCAGCGCACCGGCAAGUCCUGCCGCCUCCGCUGGGUCAACAAGCUCCGGCCCAACCUCAAGACUGGCUGCAAGUUCUCCGCCGACGAGGAGCGGGUGGUGAUCGAGCUGCAGGCGCAGUUCGGCAACAAGUGGGCGAGGAUCGCCACCUACCUGCCGGGCAGGACGGACAACGACGUCAAGAACUUCUGGAGCACCCGCCAGAAGCGGCUCGCCAGGCUGCUGCGCGCGCCUCUCCGCGCCCGGCCCAGCAAGACCAGGAGCAGCAACACCAAAGCGCCCGCAUCCUCUCUCGAGUCCGCCAUGGGUUCUUGCCAUGAUCAUGUUCCGUCCGUGGGCAACUCCUCCGGCGGCCAAAGCUUCCCGGCUGCACCGCCCAUGGAGCACCAGGACACCGCGCGAAUCUCGCAUGAUCAGAUGUGCUCUGGAUUCCUCAGUUUCGAGCCAUUGCCGCUGCAGGCAGCAGCACCGUCCACCACCGAAGGAGAAGCGAGCUCGUCGAACGCAGCUUAUUACCAGUUAGCCCCAGAGUCGUCGUUUUAUCAUCAUCCCUACCAUCUGCUAGAAUUCCCGGGCUUGCCGGAGAGAUGCGGCGUCGAUCCCGGCUUCGUCGGAGCGAGCGCCAUGGAUGAUCUCGCGUACCACGACCUGCUUCCGCCUCUGCAUCCUGCGCCGAUGAUGAUGCCGUUCUUCGGUAUGGAGUAUUCGCGUGAUGGCAUCAAGGUCGAGACUCGGGACAACUUCUUCGACGACCUGCCCCCGGACGUGUUCGACUCUUUUGAUCAGGUGCCGCCGCCGUUCUCGCCGUCGGCGACCAACUCUGAACUCUAA